AACAAACGGCGUCGCUUUGAACGAUUAAAGAGAAAAAAAAACACUCCCUUUGAGCUCGUCUUCUUCGUUUCAUCCUCUGAUCGCGAAACACUCUUUUUCACUCUCUCAACAAUCUAUCCUCUUAUAAUGAAGAUUUUCCAUCUUUUCCUAAUUUCCUUACUUCUCUUCUCAUUUUCUAAGGCUGAAUCUAAUGGAUCCGUUUUCUUCAUUGAUAGUUCAACUCAUCAAUUCCUUCGCGCACAAUCCACCAACGAUCUCGCACAGUCGGAGUCAAUACUAUUACCGGAAGUUGGUGCAGCCGUAUCAGUCUUGCUUGGUGUUGCCCCAACUGUAACGCUUUCAGCUUCUGGUUCAUCUAAGCUGAAUGAGGUUCUCAUUCCUAAUCCAUUUGAUAGACCUCGCGCUGUUUUUAUUUUUGAAGUCGGAGGAAUUGAUGAUCCUCUUGUUGUCGAACCCAAGAAUGCUCUCUUCAGCAAAGCCUUGAAGAAUAGUGUUGAUCUUGGUUCAAGUAAAGCGGACAUAUUGUUUCCAGAUGAGGAGGACUUAUCCAUGAUUUCUUUGGACCACCCUCUAGGGGACUACUGUGAAGAAGAGAUCAAUGAAUUUGCAUCUUGGUUGGGUGGAUCAUAUGCUACUGAUGUUACAAAACCCUUGGAUGGAGUAUUGACUAUUCCCUUGGCAAAUGGUGAUAACAUGAAUCUUCAUAUGUCAAAGAAAGUGCACAGGGAAUUUGCAUCAAAACUGUUUGCUCUGUACCGCAAUAUAAGGAAAGCAAUGGAGAGGCAUGAAGAUUUGUCACAGACUUUGCGUAGACCGGCUGAGUUAAUAAUGGGUUCAUUUUAUGGAAUUAAGCAUGACACUGAUGGUUUUGAUAAACAAGGAAUGAGGCUUCUGCUUGCGACACUUAACAGGAUAUUUGAUUCAUUGCAGACAACUUAUGAAGGUCAUAUUGUGGGGGUUAUUCUCUUUAAUGGGGUACCUCAACCAGAAUCCAAAACAUUGAUGAACAUGAUGUACACCUCUCGUCCAUCUCCGCGCUGGUUGGAAGAAACAAAAAGCUCUCUUAAUACCACUCUUGCAGCACAAAUGCUGGUUAGAAGGACCCUUGCUUGGAUAACUGGAGUUGUUCUUCUCAUUGCAACUCUCUUGGGGUUAAGAUCCAUUUUAUAUAUUCAUUAAGUUGGAUGCCAAACACUAUGUGGUUUACUUCCUUCUCAAUAUGCCACUGACGAGAGACACACUUUUGUACUCAAAUGUCAAGCUAGACUAAAGCUGAUAUAAGGCAAAGUACAAUGAACUUUUGAAUUCUCAGAAGCGGCCUGGUAUGAUUUAUCUUUUAAUAGAGGGAAAUUUUAGGGAUAUCUUAUCAUCUAUAAACCUGUUUCAUUCAUUGGUUAUUCAAUGAUGUUUGGUUAAACUAGCUACCCAAAAAGCUGCAUCAGUACAAAUUGGGCCAUAUGGGAUACCAUUUGGCUAAGGGAGUGCCAUUGAGAGAGAGUAAGAUUGAACCACUUAGGUUAUGCCUUAUCCAUUUGAUUUUUAGAAGAUUGCACCUUUACGUACUAAGUUGUUAAUGUUAUGUUAUGUUUUUUUUAAUUCGUUAAUAAUAAUGUAAUUUGAAAUUCCAUGUAAUAAAAUUGCUCAUCAAUAAGGAACAUUGUUGUACAA